ACAAUCAGUACAAAAAAUGCAAUUGCAUGCCAUUAAUGUUUCCUUAUUUUCUGGGGCUUCUCUUGCUGACGUGGUUGGCAUUACAACAGAACAGUAAGUUAAAUUUUUAUCAUCAUCCUCUGAAAGAAUGGUUCAUGUUUACUCAUGCAUCUUUUCCAUGCAUGCAUGCAUGCAUGAGCAAAAUACAAUAUAAACCAUAUUCUUCCAUAAUCACCAUUCAGCAAAACCCCAAAAACUCCCAAGAAUGUUUUUAGUAAAUAACAAAAGACCUAUUUAACACAAGGUGAACUCCACUCAUAAGCAGAUUUUAGCAUUCAAAGUCUUUCACUGUGGAGGGUAACACCUGUAUAAGAUAUUGUGCUGACACAAACUGCAGAAGGGCUAUAUCUCAGAUAUGGGGAUGGACAAACUAUGGAGAGUAACAUUCCUUUGUUGUAUCACAGCUUCUGUUUUAGGAGGACAUAAUCCAUGCUGUUCAUAUCCAUGUGAAAACAAUGGAAUAUGUAUGACAAGGGGAGAUAACUAUUACUGUGACUGUACAAAUUUAGAGUUCUAUGGCAAACACUGUGAAAUCCCCACAUUUAUGAAGAAGAUCAAACUGUUUCUAAAGCCUGACCCAGAAACAAUACACAGUCUCCUGUCUGGAAACAAAUGGUUAUGGAAUAUCGUCAAUAAUGUUCAAUUUUUGUCAAAUGCAGUCAUGAAGAAGGUUUACACAUUGAGAUCUGAUAUGGUUGACAGUCCUCCCACGUAUACAUCUGAACAUGAAUACAUCACAGUGGACGCCAACUUUAAUUAUAGUGUCUAUACUCGCACCCUGCCUCCGGUACCCAAAGAAUGCCCCACUCCCAUGGGCGUCUGGGGUAAGAAGGAACUACCACCUGCAGAAGAUAUAGUGAAGACAUUUUUUAUAAGAAAAGAAUUCAUUCCAGAACCUAUGGGAACCAGUGCAAUGUUCGCUUACUUUGCUCAGCACUUCACACACAAUUUCUUCAAAACAGACCUAAAGAAGGGGCCUCAAUUCCAGUGGGGAGGGCAUGGGGUAGAUGUUUCACAUGUCUAUGGCCAGGAUAGAGAUUCAGAAAACAACCUAAGAUCAUUUAAAGAUGGAAAACUUAAACAUCAGAUUAUAAAUGGUGAGGAGUGGCCUCCCCUUACCUCCGAUGCUAAGGUUCCUAUGAGAUAUCCUAAACACAAAGACAUAGAUAAGCAGUAUGCUCUGGGACAUUCCUUCUUUGGUUUCUUGCCUGGGCUGUUCAUGUAUGGUACGAUCUGGUUAAGAGAACACAACAGAGUUUGUGAUAUCCUGAAAGCAGAGCACCCAGAAUGGGACGAUGAGAGAUUAUUUCAGACAUCAAAGCUAGUUAUUUUAGGUGAAACUAUCCGAAUAGUAAUAGUAGAUUAUGUGCAGCACAUAAGCAACUAUAAUUACCAAUUACUUUUCAAUCCUGAAUUGCUAUUUGGUGAACCGUUCCAAUAUCAAAAUAGAAUUGCCUUAGAAUUUGACCAUUUAUAUCACUGGCAUCCUCUAAUGCCUGAUGAAUUUAACAUUAAUGGAACUAAAUAUACUCUGAAAGAAUUUGAGUACCAUCCCGAGAUUGUGGUAAAGCAUGGAAUGAGGGAGUUUGUGGAUUCACUGUCGAAACAAAGAGCUGGCAUGUUUGGCCCUCACAAUCACAGCCCUUUGACAAUCCCUAUAGUGACAGAACUCAUCAAAUAUGGCCGAACUCUGAGACUCCAGUCCUUUAACCAGUACAGGAAGAGAUUCAACCUUAAACCAAUCAAAUCCUUUGAGGAACUUACAGGAGAAAAGAAAAUGGCCAAACAGCUCGAAAUUUUUUACGGUGAUAUCAAUGCAGUGGAAUUCUAUGUAGGACUUAUAAUGGAGAAGAGACGCCAUAAGACCUUGUUUGGACCUUCCAUAGUGGAGAUGGGAAGCCCAUACUCCAUAAAAGGAUUAAUAGCCAAUCCAAUCUGUUCUCCAAAAUACUGGAAACCCUCCACAUUUGGAGGGGAUGUGGGAUUUGAUUUAGUUAAAACUGCAUCUCUUAAAAAAUUAUUUUGUGAGAAUAUGAAAGGAGAAUGUCCCGAGGUUACAUUUAGAGUACCGGAUUAUAGGGAGGGUGACGUGCUAGACUUAAUCAAACAAAAAAUGGAGUUAUAACAAUAGAAUGUGCUUAAAUAUUAAAUUUUUUUGUUCCAU